AUACUCGCGUCGCCCGCGGCUCGCCUCAGUGCGCCGGCGCUGCUCAGUCGAGCAACUCUAAAUAUACACGAAUAUACACAAGUAUACACGUCUGUAUACAAUUAUACAUAUUACGCGAGUGUGAUAGUUUGGAAGCUGUGAUAGUGUUUUGUGAAAGUUUUAGCUAAAGAUAAUAAGUAUUUAACAAUGGACCCGCUACUGGUCGACGUAGUUCACUUUUACCCGCAGGAGAAUGCUCAAACACACAAUACAAUCAAAUAUGAAUCAGUGAACGAAGAGAACCCCACAACUGCCAUCGUGCGGCGAGGCACUCCCUUCAAUGGUGUGGUGCGGUUCACCAGGCCCUUCGAUGAGGAGAACGACAUGAUCCAACUCCUGUUCACUCUUGGCGACAAGCCCCAGAUGGACACCCAAGGGUCUGUGUUCCUGAGACGUGACGCUGUCCACGACAAGCACGCCUGGACUGCCAAGAUCCUGGAUGUGCAGGAGGGAACUGUGUCCUUUGAGGUAAAUAUAUCUCUACAGUAUUAAAAGUUGAUCCAUAAC